UCCUACCUGUUAUGUCCACUGUACAGUACAUCAUGCCCUCAGCCCCCAGAUUUCUCUCUCAGUUUACUAGGUCGCAACGCCCUUCUGAGCCUCUUGAUGAUCAGCCGCGGACUUCCAUCUCUCCUGCUUCCAGCAUUCAGAUCACUGUUUCCGCGACUGCAAGCGACGUAUCGGCUCACAGAGAUCAACAUGGUAAUUCUGCAGGAUCACAUCCUGGUAUCCUUUCUGCUACAGCGCCUAUUUUUUCGCCUUCUACUGGUGCCUCCUCAGGGGAUGAUGCCACGAAGCAAUCGACGUCUUUUCGAGACAGGAUCUUUGGGCGAUUGAAGAAAAGCCCUAGCUCCCAUCCCAAUCGUCUCAACCAAUCAACCAAUGUCGAUCUCGGUCAUCCUAUGUUGACUACACCCGUCCAGACAUCCACGAACGACCCAUGGCCAUCGCUGUCUCCCCUUCCCACCGAAGCGACUACUGAUUCGUCACGAGUAAUUCCUAGCGCAGAGGAAGAGGCUUCAGAUGCCAGGUCGUCAGUUCCAGCUGCUCCAUCGGGCCCGGCGGCACCUCGCAGAUCCGAUGGAGAUCCGAAGAAGAUGAUCAUUGGGAGCACUAAAGCCCUCCUCCGAACCGCGGCCACUGCUCUCAGGCUCGUCCCUAUCCCAAAUCUUGAUCAGAUCCCAAACGCCCUUUUGACAGGGAUUCAAAUCUAUGAGGUUUGAGAAUCUUGAAGAUCUCGAUGGUGGUCGUCUUUUAUAUCUGGUUGCAUGCAUGUAGAAUGUUAGCGGCAACACCCAGGAUCUCAAACAGUUGUGCGAAGUGAUCCAGCAGGCGGGCAAGUCGGUGUUUGAGCCCCUCCAGACUUGGACUGGAAAGAU